UUUUCUUAAAGGUGAAAAAAAAAGCAAAGAAGGUACGCUCUCUGACUCGUCCCCGUGACUCAGUGGUUCCCUCCUUCAAUCAAUCCUCUCCGGAGGAAUUAAACAAAACCAACAAUUUUUCUCAGAUUUAGAGAGAGAGUAAGAGUGAGAGUGUCAGAGACACGAGUCAAAGAAAUGAUUUUUAAAAACUUCUGUUCGUAAUUUUGGUUUGUUUAGAUCAAAAGGUUUUUUUUUUUACUCGAGCUUGAGCUUCUUCUAAUGGAGUUAAGGAAGGACAAGCUUCUUAUGUUUUAUUCAGAGGGGAAAGAACGCAAAGAAGCUAUUUGGGCAGUGAAUGAUCCAAUGAGCAAAUCUUAUAAGCUCUCUUUACCUUCAGCACUAAGACCUGAUAAUCUCUUACCUGGAAAUAGACUUAGAUACACUGAUGCUUCUAAAGCUAGUAAUAACAAGUCCAAAUCUUCCAAAGUCUCAUGGUACAAGACAAUUCUUGAUCCAGGAAGUGAGAUUGUCUUGAAAUGGAAUUGGGUCUUCAUUGUCUCGUGUAUGGUUGCUCUCUUCAUCGACCCGUUGUAUUUCUUCGUGCCAGCUAUAGGAGGGGAUAAAGAUUAUCCUUGCGCAAGGACUGAUACGAGUUUAAGCAUCCUUGUUACCUUCUUCAGGACAAUUGCGGAUCUUUUCUACUUGCUGCACAUUUUCAUUAAGUUUAGGACUGGUUUCAUUGCGCCUAAUUCAAGUACUAGAGUGUUUGGUAGAGGUGAGCUGGUGAUGGAUCCUAAGGCAAUUGCUUGGAGGUAUCUUAAAUCUGACUUCAUCAUUGAUCUCAUUGCGACGUUACCACUUCCACAAAUAGUUAUCUGGUUUGUUAUAUCGACCACAAAAAGUUACCGGUUUGAUCAUAACAACAAUGCUAUUGCUUUGAUUGUGCUCCUCCAAUACAUCCCAAGGUUCUAUUUGAUAAUUCCGUUAAGUUCUCAAAUCGUCAAAGCGACUGGAGUGGUUACAAAGACUGCGUGGGCUGGAGCUGCUUAUAACCUGUUGCUAUACAUGCUAGCUAGUCAUGUACUUGGUGCUGCGUGGUAUAUAUUAUCGGUUGAUAGAUAUACAUCGUGCUGGAAAUCACGAUGCGACAGAGAACGUGGCCUAGUUAAUUGUCAGCUAUAUUACUUAGACUGUGAUUCAAUGUAUGACGACAAUCAGAUGAAUUGGGCAAAUGUCACAAAAGUGUUUAAACUCUGUGAUGCACGGAAUGGCGAGUUCAAGUAUGGGAUAUUCGGGAACGCAAUCACGAAAAAAGUUGUGUCUUCAAACUUCUUCGAGAGAUAUUUCUACUGUUUGUGGUGGGGAUUGCAGCAGCUUAGUUCUUAUGGACAGAAUUUGUCCACGACCAUGUUCAUGGGCGAAACCACAUUUGCUGUUCUCAUAGCAAUCUUUGGUCUUGUCCUCUUUGCCCAUCUCAUUGGGAAUAUGCAGACAUAUCUGCAAUCUUUGACUGUACGGCUUGAGGAAUGGAGAUUGAAGAAGAGAGACACGGAGGAGUGGAUGAGACAUCGCCAACUUCCUGAAGAAUUGAGAAACCGUGUGAGGCGAUAUGAGCAGUAUAAGUGGCUUGCAACAAGAGGAGUCGAUGAAGAGGUUCUCCUGCAAAGCUUACCCACUGAUCUUCGCCGUGAUAUUCAACGUCACCUAUGUUUAGACCUUGUUAGAAGAGUCCCAUUUUUCUCUCAAAUGGAUGAUCAGUUACUUGAUGCGAUAUGUGAGCGCCUGGUUUCUUGUCUGUGUACCGAAGGGACUUACCUUGUACGUGAAGGUGACUUGAUCUCAGAGAUGCUCUUCAUCAUCAGAGGUAGACUGGAGAGUUCCACAACCAAUGGAGGCAGAACCGGUUUCUUCAACUCGAUAAUACUAAGACCUGGAGAUUUCUGUGGGGAAGAGCUUCUUUCUUGGGCUUUGCUUCCAAAAUCAACCUUGAAUUUACCGUCUUCUACAAGAACAGUUAGGGCUUUAGUUGAAGUCGAAGCAUUCGCUCUUCGAGCUGAAGAUUUGAAGUUUGUUGCAAAUCAGUUUAGGCGGUUACACAGCAAGAAGCUUCAACAUACUUUCAGAUUCUACUCUCACCAUUGGAGAACUUGGGCUGCUUGCUUCAUACAAGCGGCUUGGCGCAGGUACAAGAGAAGAGUUAUGGAGAAUAACCUCACUGCGAUUGAAUCAAUGGAAAAUGAAGAAGGAGAAGUAGGAGAAGAAGUAGAAGAAGAAGAAGAAGAGUGUGUUGAGGAGAGUCCUAGAACAAAGAUGAACCUUGGAGUUAUGGUUUUGGCAUCGCGUUUUGCAGCUAAUACAAGACGCGGUGUUGCAGCUCAAAGAGUUAAGGAUGUCGAAUUGCCUCGGUUUAAGAAACCUGAAGAGCCUGAUUUCUCUGCUGAGCAUGAUGAUUGACUGAUUUAUAACCAGGAAAAGAAGCUGACUUUAUUUCACAGGAGAUUUGUAUGACAAGAACACUACAGAUUAAGUUUCCUGGUCCUUUGGGAGACAAAGAAAGAAACUCAAGGCGGGUUUUGAUUUUGUACACUAAAACAUCUUUGUAAUAUAAGCUUGGAAAUUUUGUUUUGUUGUACUAUUAAAGAACUCGUUUUUAGAUCCUCUAAAUGUAAAUAUGAGGAACUUGAAGUGGAUUA